AUGCAGCAAAGUACUUCAAACCUGAAAACAUCGCCUACUUCACAACCCAGCGUGACGCCAGCCACGCAGACCGGUCAAAAUGACGCCGUCAUCUCAGAUCCAUCGCCUUCCGCAGCUCAGACAGUGCAAAACGAACCGGUCCAUAGCCAAUCACCGGAAUUGGUCGAAUCAACGCUUUUUCUGCUGCAGGAAACACUGUGGAACACCCUGCUGCAAAUGCGCGGUCGCGAAAGCGUUUAUGACUGCUACAAGGCCGCCAAAUCGCGCUACCGAACGCAGUACACCUGUCUGCUGCACAUCGACAGCAUAUUCAAGGUCCUCAUGGCAUACCCGGCAGAGGUGCUGUCGGCAAUGUACAUUCCAGUCAUUCUGCGAUACUUCAAGUGGUCAUUCUCGAUAGAACAAGACCCCAGAGGCACGCGUAGCAACCGUUUUAUCGUCACAACCAAGAGAGGCGUUGCAUUUCUAACCGCAAACUGGAACGAAUACGGGUACAACACGGCAACGUUGUACCAGGCGUUCAAAGCGCUAAAGCUUCUCCAGGAUCUCGAAAUGGCUUUAUUUCCGCAGAAACCUGCCAUUUACACAAACCAAUCCGAUGAAGAGGCCGAAAAUCCAAAUUGGACACCGCUGGAUGAUAACCAACUCGAGGGCUUGGUGGUCUCUUCCAUUAAAAACCCUGGCACCGUCACAUCUUUACCUUAUAUGGCGCCUGAGUAUUUGAGCCAACGGAACACGGGAAUUCCGGAUUACAUGCCAUUGGACCUGUCAAAUCAAUCACCAUCCAUCCCAGUCGUGCCAGCACAACAAUCGUCACAUCAAUUUUAUGGUGUACACCAAUCACCUUUUCCUUCAGGUUUACCUGAGCUCCAGGAAUCUUUCCCAAUGCCGACCCAACCUACAAAUCGAGACGCAGAUCAACAACAACGUCUAGAUCACCUAUUUUCGCAUGCGCUCCCCGAAAUCUCACGAAAACUUCAAUCUCUGGGGGCCGCAAACGUUGAUCUACGGCGGCAAAACAAUGUUCUUUCUGAAAGCUUGAGAAAUCUCAAAUACCAGUUUACAUUUCUCAAGAAUAGUAUGGGUAAUGCCGUGCCUAAAACUCCAUCUCCGUCAUCUCCCAAAAUUGGACUGCCACCGUUUCCAGAAAACUUGCCCGGUGAUAUAGCUUUAGGACAUGCAUCACCCAUGGAUACGUCUGACGUACAUGGCAUAGGCCAGACUACAAAAAUAGAAUUGGAUCUCCCGUCUCACCCUGCUGCCACAUUUGACACCGGACUACCUUACAAUUCGUCAACGACAGCAUUUCGUUUUGACAAUGACCUUGAGCUAAAAGAUCCUGGCACUGCUAAUGAAGGAGCGACGGAUUUCAGUGCAGAGGGGAAAUCUCAGACGUCACAAUUACAGCUGUCAGCUCCAUUAAUGGCGGCAGGUCUAUCGGGUGGUUCCAAUACAGGCGGCAGUGCCAGAUCUGCGAUCAAAAAGCCACGCAAUAAAUUCAGGGAGUUCAUGGGCGCUACUCUUACCAAGGGAGAAAUGUAUCAGCCGCCCGUCACAUCGGAAGGCAAAAAUUAUUAUGUGGACGAAGACGGGAAAUUAGCCAUUGUUAUGGCCAACGAUCAGGACUCGAUUUACGGUAUGUAUAACGAGUACUAUCAGUCGCUUCAACCGCAAAUCGAUGCGUUCGUGGAGGAUUGCGGAAAGCGAAAUCUCGUACAUUUCAGAAAGAAGCGCACUUUCCAAAAGAAAAAGGCGUUUGUGCAAUGGGUUGAACGCAUGUCUUAUGCAAAGGGUCUUAGUCCCGAAACUGUUCUCGGAAUGAUUGACGAAGUUCGCCAGAUGGAAAAUCAUUCUGUCGUUUGGUCAUGCAAUAAUUUGAGCAGCAUGAAGGAAGCGUUUGUGAGACAUAGACCUGACUUCCGAGAUACCGCAUUGUCCGAUAGGGAUUAG